AAACUACAACAGAUUGUAAAUAGAAAAAGAACUUACUAGGAGUAAGUUCAACAUCGAUCCUGCACCCGUCGAGCACCCACUCGAUACCCGACGAUCAUCACAGGCAGCAUCAGCAACAGGUUUCGCGACAUGCGCCCCGCCAUUGGUCGGUAGAUGAACGGGGGCGCAGGCGCUGCUUCCGGCGGACGGCAGGAGAAGCACGUGGUGCACUGGUUCCGCAAGGGGCUGCGCUUGCAUGACAACCCCGCGCUGAAGGAGGGGCUGCGGGGAGCCGACACUUUCCGGUGCGUGUUCCUCCUCGACCCCUGGUUCGCGGGGUCCUCGAGUGUUGGCAUCAACAAGUGGCGAUUCCUUCUGCAAUGUUUAGAAGAUUUGGAUCGUAACCUGAGGAAACUGAACUCUCGGUUAUUCGUCAUAAGAGGUCAGCCGGCAGACGCCCUACCAAAAUUAUUCAAAGAAUGGGGAACUACUGCUCUGACUUUCGAAGAGGACCCUGAACCAUUUGGAAGGGUUAGGGAUCAUAAUAUCACCACACUAUGCAAGGAGCUUGGGAUAACGGUCACCCAAUGCGUCUCGCACACCCUGUACAACCUGCAGCAGAUCAUCGACCGCAACGGCGGCCGCGCGCCCCUCACCUACCACCAGUUCCUGGCGGUGGUCGCCUGCGCGGGGCCCCCGCCGCAGCCCGAGCUGCCGGUGACGCCGUCGUCGCUGGGCGGGGCCCGAACGCCUCUCUCCGAGGACCACGACGAGAGGUACGGGGUGCCCACGCUGGAGGAGCUGGGCUUCGAUACUGAGGGUCUGAUUCCACCAGUUUGGCAGGGCGGUGAAUCGGAGUCCCUAGCCCGUCUAGAGCGCCACCUAGAACGGAAAGCGUGGGUGGCUUCCUUCGGACGCCCCAAAAUGACCCCUCAAUCCCUAUUGCCGUCACUAACAGGCCUGUCUCCCUACCUUCGCUUCGGCUGCCUAUCUACAAGACUGUUUUAUUACCAACUGACUGAUCUAUAUAAGAAAAUCAAGAAGGCUUUCCCUCCGUUAUCGUUACACGGGCAGCUGCUGUGGAGGGAGUUUUUCUAUUGUGCUGCCACCAAGAAUCCCAAUUUCGACAAAAUGGUGGGGAACCCCAUUUGUGUACAGAUACCGUGGGACAAGAAUGUCGAGGCUUUGGCUAAAUGGGCGAAUGGUCAGACUGGUUUCCCAUGGAUUGAUGCUAUUAUGACACAACUGAGACAAGAGGGAUGGAUUCAUCAUUUGGCAAGGCAUGCUGUAGCCUGUUUUCUGACUAGAGGAGAUCUUUGGAUUUCCUGGGAAGAAGGAAUGAAGGUAUUUGAAGAACUGUUACUAGAUGCUGAUUGGUCAGUAAACGCGGGUAUGUGGAUGUGGUUGUCUUGUUCAAGUUUUUUCCAACAAUUUUUUCACUGUUACUGUCCCGUUAAAUUUGGAAGGAAGGCUGAUCCUAACGGAGAUUAUAUAAGAAAAUAUCUCCCAGUUUUGAAGAGCAUGCCUCUACAAUACAUCCACGAACCUUGGCUAGCUCCAGAGAACGUCCAGCAAACCUCAAAAUGCAUCAUAGGCAAAGACUACCCACUCCCGAUGGUCAACCAUCAAACGGCCAGCCGUAUCAACAUCCAAAGAAUGAAACAAGUCUACCAGCAACUCGCGAACUACAACACCUUAGAAACCACCAGAUGUGAAGGGGCGGGGGACGAUUACGGAAGUUCUCACCAACGUCUGCCCAACGUCGUUACAGUCGGCAAUCCUAUUAUGAAAAACAACAGUUGAACUGAUUUUAUGUGAAUGUGAAACGUUACCUUUACUAUACCUUUUCAACUUCAAAUUGAGACUUAUCAUUUUCAUAAUGGAAAUAAUCAUCUUCAAAUUGGGACAGUCCGAUUCAGCAUGAAUUUAACACAUUCAUAUUGA